CUUACUACGGUGGCCGCGUGGCCGCGGAGCUGAGGCUGCGGCGUCGAGUUUGGAACGUCUGCGUGCAGCUGCUUUUGUGGCGGCCGUUGCUAGAGGUGGAGAGUUUCCUGGGUUGGUGGCUCCUGCACAUUUGUACAGUUCUCGGGUCCUUCUCUUUCGGAAGAACUUGGAUUUCAAUAAUAUCAAUAUUGGUUAUGGUGAUGACUGUAUGCAGCCUGUGAACAUGGAACAUGCAACACAGCACAGGUCCAGGUUGUUUGCUACAAGUCAAGUGUGAUGUCAGAAGAUUAAACUGUACAGAAGAAUGCAACCAAGUAAUGGCUUUUUCUUAGAAUUUGAAUAUGGAGGCCACGGGAACAGAUGAAGUUGACAAGCUAAAAACUAAAUUUAUAUCAGCAUGGAACAACAUGAAAUAUAGUUGGGUUUUGAAAACAAAGACAUAUUUUAGUAGAAAUUCUCCAGUUUUAUUGCUUGGAAAAUGUUACCAUUUUAAAUAUGAAGAUGAAAAUAAAGUGUUACCUUCAAAAUCAGCAUGUACAAUAGAAGAUCGCAUAAUUGCAGGAAAUGUAGAAGAAUUUCGGAAAGAUUUCAUUUCUAGAAUAUGGCUGACCUACAGGGAAGAAUUUCCUCAAAUAGAAGGCUCAUCUUUGACAACAGAUUGUGGUUGGGGAUGUACGUUGAGAACUGGCCAGAUGCUACUGGCUCAAGGACUCAUACUACAUUUUCUUGGUAGAGCUUGGACCUGGCCUGAUGCAUUGAAUAUUGAAAAUUCAGAGUCUGAAUCAUGGACUUCCCACACUGUAAAAAAAAUUACAUCAUCAUUUGAAACAUCGCUUUCAGGGGAAAGAGAACCUGAAACUCCAACAAUUUCUCUGAAGAAAACAAUUGGGAAAUGUCCUAAUGAUCAGGAGAUGCAAAAUGAAAUUUUUCACAGGAAAAUCAUCUCUUGGUUUGGUGAUUCCCCAUUGGCUGUCUUUGGCUUACAUCAGUUAAUAGAGUAUGGAAAGAAGUCUGGGAAAAGUGCUGGAGAUUGGUAUGGGCCAGGUGUUGUUGCUCACAUUUUAAGAAAAGCAGUCGAAGAAGCAAGACACCCUGACUUACAAGGAAUAACUAUUUAUGUUGCACAAGAUUGUACAGUUUACAAUUCUGAUGUAAUUGAUAAACAGAGUGCUUCCAUGACCUCUGAUAAUGCAGAUGACAAAGCUGUUAUUAUUUUAGUUCCUGUUAGACUUGGUGGAGAAAGAACCAACACCGACUACCUAGAGUUUGUGAAGGGUGUUCUGAGCCUUGAAUAUUGUGUGGGUAUUAUUGGUGGCAAACCUAAACAGUCAUAUUACUUUGCUGGAUUUCAAGAUGACAGUUUGAUUUACAUGGAUCCUCAUUACUGCCAAUCUUUUGUAGAUGUCAGCAUAAAGGAUUUUCCUCUUGAGACAUUCCACUGCCCUUCUCCCAAAAAGAUGUCGUUUCGAAAAAUGGAUCCUAGCUGUACAAUAGGAUUUUACUGUCGAAAUGUUAAGGACUUCGAACGAGCUUCUGAAGAAAUAACUAAGAUGAUGGAUGGCUCAAGGGGAAUAAAGAAGAAUAUUGAUUACAAGAUGCUGAAGAUUUCUUCUAAGGAGAAAUAUCCCUUAUUUACUUUUGUAAAUGGUCAUUCCAGAGACUUUGACAUUACGUCUACUACAACCAAUGAAGAAGACCUUUUCUUAGAGGAUGAGAAGAAAAGAUUAAAAAGAGUCAGUACAGAAGAGUUUGUCCUCCUAUAAAGAAGAGAAUAUUUGUGCCCUUUGAAAAGAACACUGAAAGGGGAAGAUGAAGAGGAACAAGUACAUUUGGAAGUGUUUGUUUUCACAGAUAUCUUAAUUUUAUAUGUUCUUUAAAAAUGAAACAUUUGAAAAUAUAUAAAGAUAUUUUUCUGAAAGAGAAAUGAUUUAAUGAAUAUUGCUUUCUAAUAUAUAUUAAGCAAUUCUGGUUGCAUUCCUAUUUCUGUAAAUCUCUAGUGAAACACUACUUUCACUGUAAGCCUUUUCUUCAUUCUUGCAUCUGAGCCCAUUGUUCUCCUGAAAAUUUUAUGGCAUAGACCCCUUCAAAGACUGGAUACCCUAGAUAGCUUCAAAAAAACUCAGUUUGUAUUAACAAUCAGAAGACCAGAGAAUGAAUUUUAGUGCUACCUAAGCCUCCUGCUAUUAGUGCAACCAGAGGCUACAUUUGGAUAUAUAUUAAUAAUUAGAUAGUAUUUGCUACCUAUGAUGUACAUAUAAUUUUAAAUAAGCAGAAUUCUGAGUUAAGGUAAUACCAAGCAAUAUGAUUUUAUAAUGGUUACUUGUUUGUGCUUGCUUUUUAGUCUUUUAUGAGUAGUAAAUAUAAACAAUUGAUUUUUCCCAUGAAUUUAAAGGUUAUGUUAUUAAUAAAACUGCAUCCAUUCAAAUCAGAUAAAGGAAAUUAUAAAAUAGCAAUAGUGCUUGCUUCCUAUCUCAAGAAUGAAAUUUUAUGAGAAUUCAACUUAAUAUGCAGUUUUUAAAUCUAAGAUAAGUACCAUAAAUAUAUCAAUAGAUCCUCCUCUGGUUUUGCUGUUUAUGUACAGCAGUAUAUUAGUGUUUAGAAGCCAAGGCCAUUUUCAAGGUAAAUCUGCCUUAAGUGCAUUAUAUGUUACUUAAAGGUAAAUUUGUGAUAUAAAAAUCCAAGACUUGUUCUUGAGCCAGGAUUAUAAACUAAAUAAUAAAGAUGUGAGAACAUAAAA